AUGGGGUUUGAAGAAAAGACCGAGGAAUAUGAUCAAGCAUCCGAAAAAAAAGAGGAUUUUGAACAAGACUCAAACUUCUCCUCGCCCUUUUACUUCAAAUUGUUGAAUCCUUAUUUCUCUGUUAUUCAAGAGAGUUCAUCAGAAAAAGAAAAGAUUGUUUCUUUGGAAGGUGUUUGUGGCGAAUAUGAAGAGGAGAAUUUUCGAGCAGAAGGGAAGAUGGUGGAUGAAGAAUUUUGCUAUGAAAUCGAAUUGAUUCCCGGCAGCCAUUCUUCAAGCCUUGAUCAAGAAUCGGAUGCUCAUCGGGAAAUGGAAAAAAAUGAUUCCUCGAACUGGAUGGGUAGUUUUCUGGAUGAGGAGAAGGAAUCAAAAUCAUCUCUAUUGGAUGAUGAUAAUCAUGAAAAUAAGACAACUUUCGAUGAUGAGGAGUUCAUAGAGAUGGAGCCUCAAUCGGUGAAGCUGAGUGAUGAUUUGGAUUUGAAUUUGGAGUUGGAGAGACAGAGUGAUUCAUCUUCAUCACCAUCAUGUGCUGAUGCAAAUAGUAGUUCACAACAGAAGUGUUGGGAUUCAGAUCAUGAAAAUGAAGAUGUAGAUGAUGGAGGAGAUGUUUUGUUCCAACUCCAGAAUUGGGUGUACCAGAUGAAGAUGGUACCCAAGAGCUGCAGAAUCAGAGGCCUUCCAACGAUAUCCGAGGACUCGGAAACUCCCGAGAUGAUUGAAGAUUUGAGGCCUCUUGAAAUCGAUCACAAGAUUGGGUUCAAGGAGGUGAUUGAUGGAAUCCAGAGAUUCUACAAGAGCUAUACAAACGAAAUGAGAAAACGGGACAUCUUGAACUAUCGGGCAUCACAUGCUGCUAUUUGUUUCUUGCAACUGAAGGAAACUAAGCCAUUCACAGCAGGGAAAACAAGGGCUGACUUUGGUUUGCCGAGAUUCUUGGCUGGGAAAGGGCGUCGAGAUUUGGAGGUGGUGUAUGUAGUCGCGUUCGAUCCAGGAGGGAAAGUCUCAAUGCUCUUGUUACCAUCAACUUUGUCCGUUGAUCUAUGGUUCCCACCUUGA